AUGCCCUGCUGCGCAGCGCUUUCAUAGCACCGAAGAAACCCGUCCUGAAAAACACUUUAUUUUUCGGGGGCACAACAUCUCAGCACCUCCAGUCUUCGAGUCCUCGUUGUGCCUUGAUCUCCUCGGCGUCCAUGGCUCCUGUGCGGGGUGCCAAGAAGAGGAAGCGGCCGGAGAAGCCUGCGCCGGCGCCGGCUCCAAGGUUGCCGCUGCCGCCGUUGCCGGAUGGCAGCGAUUGGUGGGGCGUCUUCUAUCGCAGGGUUGCAGGACAUUCCUCUUUUCCAAGAGAAUACCAGACCAUAGAGUCUGUCCUCAAGAUGUCAAGAAAGACCUUCGACUAUAUCUGCUCGCUUGUUAAGAAGGAUCUGACAACGAAGACAUAUGGUUUCAGAAACUUCAGGUUUAGUGACAAGACGAUCCUAGAUGUGGAGGACCAGGUCGCGGUGGCUCUGAUGAGGCUGACAACAGGGGAGUCACUGCAGAACAUAGGAGUAUGGUUUGGCAUGAAUCACUCGGCUAUCUCAAACAUCACAUGGCGGUUCAUCGAAUCCAUGGAGGAGCGUGCCAUCUGUCACCUGAAGUGGCCUAGCCCUGAUGAGAUGGCAACCAUCAAGGCGAGAUUUGAGAAGAUUUAUGGCCUCCCAAACUGCUGCGGUGCCAUUGACACCACACACAUCCUCAUGUGUUCCUCAGCUCAGCCCAACAGCAAGGUCUGGCUGGACAUUGAGAAUAAAAACAGCAUGGUGCUGCAGGCCGUUGUCGACACUGACAUGAGGUUUAGAGACAUUGUCAGUGGCUGGCCUGGGAGCAUGGAUGACUCGUGCAUCCUGCGCACUUCAGGCUUGUACAGGCUGUGCGAGAAAGGUGUCAGGCUAGAUGGGCAAAUGGAGCUCCCUGGAGGUUCAGCGGUCAGGGAAUACAUCGUUGGAGACUCAAGCUACCCUCUACUUUCCUGGCUGAUGACCCCAUACCAAGGACAGGGUCUUCCUGCAGCCAAGGUGGAAUUCAACAAGCGGCACAUGGCGGCCACGAAGGUGGUGCAGACUGCAUUGGCGACGCUCAAGGGAAGGUGGCGGGUUAUCCAGGGAGAGCUGUGGAGGCCUGACAAGCACCGGCUUCCAAGGAUCAUCUUCGUCUGCUGCUUGAUCACCAACAUCAUCAUCGACAUGGAAGGCACUCCAAGCAAAGAGAUGCUGGUUUCAGGCAAUCAUGACCAUGGCUACAAGCAGCAGUUCAGCAACGUCGCAGAUGACAAUGCAGUCAAGCAGAGAGAUGACCUUUCACAGCAUGUCACCGCCGGCGAGUAGUCACCGUGAGCUUCCUAAUUUUCAUGUGCCUUUUGCACCCCCAUUUAUAUAGAACAAUGGAUACAAAAUUGUAAGUUGAAUUUUGGCAGAUUCUGAUAAUGUUGGUUGCGGCGAGACAGUAGAGAGUUGAAGACUGGUCCUAAUUCGUUAA